UAAGAUUAAUGACAGUUUAAACCAAAAAUGAGGGUUUAAACUUUGGAUAACGAUUAUUUCUUAAGAUCAAACAUAGUUAAUCCAUCGAGGAUGGUUUAAACUAUCGAUUAGUUUAAACCUUCGGGACGGUAGGUUUAAACCAUCAAAAAGGGAUUAAACCCUAUAUAUUCUAUGAAAUUAUUUUCUACCCGCUUCUUUGAAGUUUUUUGAAGUUUCUUGUUUGAUUUGAUUCAAGAAAUUGUGUUUGCGUUGUCGGUUAGAGAAUUAUUGAACAUGGAAUUGCAAUAUGAUAGUGAUUCGGAUUCAGAUAUUGAAAUCUUGCACCAGUUGAAUGAUUUCAGAAGGUAUUAUGAUAGACCAUAUAUUAUCCGUGAUCGAGAAAAUCAUUGGGAUAAAUGGGAUGAUAUCGAAUUCAUUCGUCGGUUUCGAGUCUCCAAAACUUCUGCAAGAACAAUCUUGAGUGAGAUUGAGGAAAAAAUAAGCCACCCUACCUCAAGAAACGAAGCACUGAAUGCUAUGGAUCAACUUCUUCUGGCUCUACGUUUUUAUGCCACUGGAUCUAUACAACAAGCAAUAGGCGACUUCACUGGAGUUCAUCAAACUACAGCGGGCAGGGCUAUCAAGAGGGUCACUGAAGCAAUUGCAGCUAAAAGCAAUACUUUCCUAACCCUUCAACAAGAGCAGAAAGGUUAUAUAAUGAAUCCCACAUUCGAACAAGAAAUUGUAUUGAAAGAUGUUUUGGAAUUUGGAAGAGGCGUUUCCCUGUAUUAUCUCUCGGAAUGA